ACUGACGAUUUGUUCGGAGCUCGCAUUCAGACAUUCUAUAUUUGUAGAUUCGGGUGGUCUUUUGCCUGAUUUUGUUUUCGGUUGAUGUCACGGUCAGCUGCGCAAACAAGCCAAAAAUAAGACAAACAAAACGAGCCUGUCUCACGGGGGGGAAGGGCUACGGCUAUGUGCUGGAGAGUGGAGCUGCAACCGUGUAUUUCCUGGAGUCAAUAUUGUCUGCUUUAAUCUUUUUAGCGUUUGUGUUAGUAUUCUUUGAACUAGGUGACAAAAAUUGGUAUGCUUGAUAUUUAUAUUUAAUAAGCUUCACAACAGAAGCCGUAUUUUAUGUCUUGGCUAUCAGUUUGAGUAGAGUAGGCUGUUUUUAAAGGGGUGUUAGCAUUAUUAACAGCUAGUGGAGAAGGAUUGUGUGAAGCGAACAUUUAUUUCCAUUUCUUACGACGUUAACCCCGAAUAUGUACUUCGAGAAUACAGUUGUGAAAUUAAUAAGUUUAAAAAAUGUGGCAUUGAGCGGGUCGGCUAACCAUAGUUCGUUAACCGUAAUCGAGAACGUUACCUAACGUUUAAAAAACCGCAGAGGCUAAUUUUGUUGACAAAUCUCGCGAGAGAUGGAAACCACUGCAUUCAAGAAGUUUAAACGCGAGGUGUGAAGUCUUCUGAAUUCUUGUUUCUGCGUUCUUUUAAGAAGAUUCGUUGAUUCUAAUGUAGUCAAACCCCUGUAGUCCUUUCAUCUAGGUAACUUAAUUGAUAUUUGUACCGAAUGCAAGUCAAAUUGUAAUUAAAUUUUAAGAGAACCUGUAGUUUUUCUUCCAGAUUCCUAAUCUGGAGCAGAUGGAAAGGUUGCGGUUCUUCUUCAAUCCAAACCGGAAUGUCGGAUGAGGAUUCCCGUGCCAGCACCAGCUCUUCCUCAUCACCACCUUCCUCCAGCCAAAGCAGACAUCGGGACACGCAGGGCAAGAAGAAACGGGAGACUAAAGCCAGCAUGAGCAAGACCUCCAAGCUGCUUUCCACCAGCGCCAAAAGGAUUCAGAAAGAGCUGGCGGAUAUUACACUGGACCCUCCACCAAACUGCAGUGCUGGUCCAAAAGGAGACAACAUCUACGAGUGGCGAUCAACCAUCCUGGGACCACCAGGUUCUGUGUAUGAGGGAGGGGUCUUCUUUCUGGACAUCGCCUUCACACCGGACUACCCAUUCAAACCCCCAAAGGUCACGUUCCGUACGAGGAUCUAUCACUGCAACAUCAACAGCCAGGGGGUGAUCUGCCUGGACAUCCUGAAGGACAACUGGAGCCCCGCCCUCACCAUCUCCAAGGUGCUGCUGUCCAUCUGCUCCCUGCUCACAGACUGUAACCCAGCUGAUCCUCUGGUGGGAAGCAUCGCCACUCAGUACACGACUAACAGAGCCGAACAUGACCGAACAGCCAAACAGUGGACAAAACGAUACGCCACAUAAACCCACAGGACACCAGUGGGAGGAAGAGGACGAAGAAGAAGAAGAGGAGGAGGAGGAGGAAGAGGAGGCUCGGGGUGGGGGGUGAUCUGUGUUGUUUGUGACAGGGGUUAUUUUUAUCUCAUAUUUUUAGUACUUUGUCGGCUAUAAUUUUUGUUUCCUGGUUAAGUUAUCUCUGUGAACAUGCUAAUAAAGGAAAACGAU